GAAACAAAGGCGAGCCUGGUCGAAUAAAUUAAACGUAUUUCACGUGGACUAAUUAGUCCAUGUUUUUUCUCUAAGGACAACCCCCUUACCUCAAAAACCAUCUCACUCUCCUAAAGAUCACUCGAUAAAAGUUUGGACAAGUAAAAGUACAACUGUUGACCCUCAGCAGCAGCAGCAGCUUUCUUUCUCAUCAUCUGUGGCACUCCACUUUAAUAACAACGAAACUGCUCCAACGUGCCCCCAGCUGGACGAGCGGAACGUUCUCCUCUAAAAUUCAACAUUGGCCAAACUGAAAACAUACCGGGCCACAAAUUUACUACAUUUACUAAAUAUCUAAACACGACAGGUUUGCAAAAUACAGGUAGAUCAAAUGUGACAUGAUGGCUUCACUACUGGGGAGCGGUGACGAGAUGAAUUAUCUCACGGAACGACUGAGCGACGAAACCCUGCUCCACAUUUUUCAACACAUUCACACCCACGAUGACUUUAUUCGAUUGUCAGAAACGUGUCACAGACUGAAUGAACUGCUCAAGGACAAGGAUUUCUGCUGUAGGAUCUUCUUACCUUGGUACUCCAAUUUGCGGAGGGAAAUGGUGUUUAGAUUUUUUAGGGACAGGGUUCGAGUCGCAGUGAUAAGUCAACUCGACUUUUCUGACCUCUACUGGCUACCUUCUGGCAUUAUUAGAGACUUGGUGACUCCAAUGACGAAUUUACAGAUUUUUUUGGCUGCGGGGACUUGUCUCUCUUGGGCCCAUUUAUCUCAACUGCUGAAAUGUCUUCCAAUCAAGAAACUCUCUUGGUCCUGGGACAAUUGUUUGGAAGAAUCUUGUAGAAGACGAAGUUCUGUGACUCCAACAAAAUUCUCGGAAAUUACCGAAAUGGAAGAUGCCUUUUUACGUCUAACUUCACUUUUGAUACAUAUCCCAAUGAUGACCAAAACCCCCACGGAUGUACUUUUCUAUUCAUAUUCUGCACUGGAAUAUCUAGUCUCCUUAUGCCUUAACUUGGAGGAAUUAUGGUUCAUAAGUUGGCCGAAAAGUUCAGCAGAGAGAAAGUCGUCGUCUUCAUCGUAUAGUCGGAGGGAGUUUGAUGGACUUGAAUCUGCUUUGACCAAGUUGCACACUUUGGUUAUCAGUGUAAAGGGGCCUCCGAGAUUUUCACCCAUGAGUUUCUUUAGGAAAUUGAUAAGCACGUUUGGCGUGGUGACUCCGGCACAGGUUUUUUGGUGUGACCACCCCCUUCUUGGAAUUCUCAAUAAUGAGACACAAUACCGGUUGGGUCAGGCCAGGUACUGUUGGUUCCCCCAAAUUUGCUCUGAAACUGCUGUGCGGCUUUCAUACCCUAUGGUAGCAAUCUUAGAAGCUGCAAGGGAAAAUUUUAGCUAUCCCAAGUUAAAACAUGUAUUACUUUGUCAAAGUCAACCAGUCGUAGUAAACUUGAAUGGGUUUUUUGACAAUUCACCGGAUUUGGAAAGUUUAUACACUUCAACGUUUAACUUACGAGUGGACUGGAAUAAAUUUGUUGAAAGUCAUCCAAAGCUGAGGGCUGUAUCCCUUAGCUGUUCAGAUGGCGAAAUUGGUGAUCAUUCCGUAGCAUUCUCAAAACUCACUUAUUUGGAAAAACUGUCAGUCUCCAUUGAUUGUCUUUUUGAAAUCCGAGAUUCUUCUUUACUUUCGGAAUACAUGACUUUGCAGCAUCUUGACGAUAAAUUGGAGGCAACAACUGAUUAUAAACCAGAGAAAAUGUCUGAAUUGAAACCGCCAAGUAAGAAACGGCGAGUGGGGGCUGCUUCAAAGUUGUUGGUCAACGGCAUUCCUAACAAAACAGACCCAACUACAGGGCUUCAUUUUAUCGCAAGGCGUUGCUCAAAGAUAAACGAGCUUGAACUUGGAUAUUCUGGACUGAAUCAAGCAAAAGCUGGUAGAAUAGUACUAGAGAGCUUAUCAUGUAUUUCAAACUUCAAGUUCUUAAGAAAGCUGUCCCUCUCGUCGAUUCCCAUUACAAAUGGAAAAUUUUUAAUACAGAUUUGCUCCAAGUGUGAUAUUAUUGAAAGUUUAAGACUCACUCAUCUUGGACCCUCGGCAAAAUGCUGUUAUGUUCAAGACCUUUGCCAGGCUUUGCCAUUGUGUAGGAAUACACUCAAAGAUUUUAGAUUGGAACAAAACUACAUUGGAUCGCCGCUGGCUAUUUUAAAAGCUUUAAAGAAGUGCUCAAAUAUCCGUAGACUCCUUAUUUGGUCAUCGCCGAACGACCACGCAUUAGAAUUCGAGCCAGUCGAUUGUUUGUUUCAAUCCUGUAAAGACCUCACCGUUUUCUAUGCAACUAUCGAAUCUACGACAAAAGCAGACUGUUUUAAAUUUAGGAAGGCUCUUGAAGCUAGGUAUAAAGCUGAACGACCAGCCUUAAGUAUCGUUCUUCGACGCACUUUAGAGGAAGAAGAGUUGAUUCACUAUCCUUCAAUUCACUAUCGAGAAAUUGUAAUCAAUGCAACCCAAGUAUGUCAAUACAAGGAUUUCUCGAAUUUCAAUAGUUAAAUUCCGUUGAUUCAAUAAAGAAUAAAAUCAUUGUCAUCAAUA